UUCCCCCUCACUGCCCGAAACCCUCGCGCAUCUCCUUCUCCCGCUUUCGCCCAAAACCAACGCCUUUGUGACCAUCGUCGCCAUACAGUCGCCAUUAGAGCUAGCUGGGAAGGCAACCGGAUCGCGGCGUGCAGAGGCCACCGAAGCUCCCAUCUUUCUCCUCUUUGCGCUCCGCUCCAACCCGAAGGCAUCGAGGAAGGUGAGCCUGUUCGCGCAAAGUUACCGGAUUUACUGAGUGCAGAGGAUAAAAUAGAAGAGCUUCUUCCCAUCCACCUCCACUCCGCAAGCAUGAUUACCGGAGGACAGAGCUUGGUUUCCUCAGCGCCAGCUUUCUCAAAUGACUCGAAGAAACUCCUCGUGUGCACGGGAAAUAGCGUCUCCAUAUUCAGCACAUCUACGGGCAUGCUGAUAACGGAAUUGGAGGGGCACACAGAUCGUGUCACUUCAGUCAUAGUGGUGCCAGCUUCGGGCCCUGUGAGCAAGUUCAUGUCUUACUGCUGGACUUCUUCUUUAGACGGGAACAUUUGCUAUUGGGAUUUCUCAGCAGCAGAGUUGAUAAAGAAGAUCAACACUCAACAGCCAAUCAUCUCCAUGGUAAAAGAGGGCAUGGAAGCAUUUUUUUUCUACUUCGUGGCACUGCAAGCUUGUUUUACGUUGGGUUAUAUGGUUGCAAGUGUUCCUAUCAUGGAAGGAAAACAGGCCCAGUGA